AUGUCAUUCAGAGCCAACGGUUCUCGCAGAUACGGCUCUGUGCCGCCACAGCAAUAUGGACCACCAGGCACACAGGACUCGAACUACAACCCGGGCUUACAUAGGCAGUCGAGUUUCGACAAUGGAGAUGAUGGGGCAGGCUUCGAUUCGAAUGGCAACAGAUAUCAGAGCAGUGCUGUGGCUUCCUCAGUGCCAGGACGGACAGCAAAUAUGCCACAAGAGGAGAUGUUCUUGACGAGUCCAGUCUCUCAAAGUCCUCGCUCACCAGGUCAAAGUACAUUUGGAAGCUCUGCAAUGUCUGGAUACCAGCAUCAAUACCAGCCUUUUCCUGGUGCUCCACAAUCCCCAGGUCUGUCGCAGGUGCCAUACAAUCCUCAGAACUUUGCUCGGACACAAUCUCAAUCGCAAGCAAACCCGUACCGACCACAACCAGCAUACAAUCUUGCAAGUCCAACUACUGCAUCACACCAACCGUACAAUCCGGCAUUGUAUCAAGCCCCUCAACCGGGCUCGCAACCAGCUCGGCAUGGAACGGUCUCUGGUUACAAUACGUAUCAGACUUCAUAUAACUCGCCGGCAUUGCAGCAAGUCCCAGCUUCUCCUUCCUACUGGCCGAACCAGUCGAAUAUGCAACAGUAUCCCCCGCCGGUGCCUUCUCGACCAUAUGAACAACCAUUGGCUAGCCCGACUUAUAACCCUUCGAGUUCGGCUCCUCUUCCUUCUCGGCAACCAUUAUACAAUCCUCCCCCAACGUCCACCGUCCCAUAUCCCACAAAUGGUGAUAACUACGGCCAGGGUGCGUAUAGGCCUAUCGCCACAAGCCAAGACACUUACCCCGACUACGGAAGCUACUCACAACCGCCUGUGUCCCAAUCACAGCCAGCAUAUAGUGAAGAUAUGAACUCAUUCGGCAACAGAACGAAACCAUCGUCGAGUCACUCCAACGCUGGAUCAUCCCUCCCACCACUGUCUCAGCAAGGCUCACCUAGCGGUUCCGGCCUCCAGAGACAUCCGACGUUGAGACCAUUACCGAGCGCUCCCGUAGAUAGCGACACUGGCGAUGAUGACGAUUGGGGUUUACACGAGAACGAGGGUCCCUCUCAAGAACAGCUAUUUGCGGAUAUCGGGGAUGCGCUUGGGAGUUCGGCUUCGAGGCGGGGCAGACCACAAGGAAUCGAUCAACGUAACGGCGACCUUUUGGAUAGCGAACUUCAAGAUCUACAUAGGUAUGAUUCGAGGGCAACUACAAUUGGUGCGGCGAGUGUGGAUCGAUAUGCCUCUAAUGCUUCGACUUUGCACAAUCGUGAACCGACUUACAACCGCUAUGCCGACGAUGAAGAGAGCGACCUGGAAGCCGCAGCUGGACUUGAAGCUAUGCGCAUCGCUGAAGAACAGGAUCAGAUGGGAGGUGCUUUGAGCUUUGGAACUUAUGAGCCUCAGGCUGUACCGUCUCUAUCCCAAGAAGAAAGCAGCGACAGUGACUAUAAGCAUAUGGAUUUGGGUCUUGUUGGGGGAGGAUAUGAUGCACACAUGUCUUAUGGAGACGAUUUAAGUGGAGUGCAUACUGGCCACAGUAGUGAGAUGGACGAUCAGAGUCGACCUCUACCAACACCACAAGAACUAGGACGCUCUGACAGCUACAGUCGAAACACAACAGCCGCUGGACUGGGAGGAAUGACUGACUAUUCUAUCCCUGGAGUUGGAGAUAUCCAUCCUUUCCCCGCUUUCGAAGCUGCCAGAGUUGAUACUUUUGGCACUGGCGGAUUACAGAGACCAACUUCUCAAUCACACAGACUUAGCUUUGACGAAGGAGACGAGCAAGUUUUGCUUCACCACCGUCUCUCCGACUCUCGACAAAGUGGGAGAUCUGGAAGCGAUAGCCCGUCUCGUGAUGAUAUGCCCGAGUUGUUCUAUCAUCCUGGUAUGGGAAGUUCGCCUUACAAUCGACCACUCCCAGCUGUCCCCCCGUUAUCUGAGAACAGGACACCGCAGCUCUUGCCUGCUGGGUCAUACAGAGCUGGCCACCAAUAUACUCACUCAUACUCUUCAAGCACUGAAGGUCGUCCUUACUACCCCCCAAGUGGGCCUGAUGCAUAUCCUUCGCAGAGUAUGCUCACUCCCGGUGGUCAAUAUGUUCCAAGAUCUUCUUCGUUGUCUAGCCACAGCAGCACACCUCAAACCGUACCCCCGGUCAGAUCUAAGACUGACGCUGAAGAGAGGCAAGCGAGGCAGAAAGCGGCUCGCUUGGCUGGUCGACCAUUGAGUGGACUUGAUGGAUACGACAUGGGUACCACUCCUCAGUCUUCAAUGACCCUUGAUCUUCCUGCGUUGCCAGCAGGUAGGCGAAAGAAGUUCUCGCCAACACGGUUGUCGACAACGGACUACGCCAAGUGCCGAGAACCUUGGGCUUUGAGCGGUAUCGCUGCUUGGAUUCGUGAAAUGGCUGGCGGUGAAACUGGUGAAGGAGAAUCCGAUUUACGACAGAAGACAAUCGAGGACGGCCUCGUGGCUCUGUUCACACACAAAGUCCCUACCAUGAACACUGCAGAUGCCGAGACUUUGAGUCAGAGAGUGGUCAAGUCCAUGUUUGAUGCCGAUAUUCUCCUCCCAGAAGAAGAAUGGGUCAAAUUUGGCGGAGGUGAAAUUUCCGGAGUCUUGUGGCAGCUUACUGGCUCUGGGUGCUAUGCUCCGAAGGUUCAUGAGCAAGAAAUCCAUGGACGGUGUUAUUCACACCACUGCACUCGUACUUUGAAGAAGAUCAAUCUGCAGACGCACGUUCUUGAGCCAUCGAGGAAGUCAGAAGACUGGGUGACUUUCUUCAAGCUCACGAAAGAAAGUCUCGAGGGGACGACUAAGAAAGAGAUCGAACGACAAAACAAUUUGCACGAAAUUGUCAUGUCUGAGGAUACAUACAUGGACCAAAUUAAUGUCUUACGAGUGCUUUACCGCGACGAUCUUGCAUCAUGGCAACCGCCUAUCAUUGCAAAGAACAAGAUCACGAAGUUCAUUUCAUCCGUUUUCGGCAAGAUUGAGGCUAUCAAGGAAGUCAACGAGAACUACCUCUUAGCUCAAUUGAAGUACAGACAAAAGGAGCAAGGACCAUGGAUCAUUGGAUUCAGUGAUAUCUUCAGAGAAUGGAUCAGAAAGGCUAGAUCUGCAUACGUCGAAUAUGCUGCAGGCUUCCCAUACGCCGUGCACCUUGUCCGUAAGGAAGCUGACCGAAAUCUGCUCUUCCGACAAUUCCUUGAUCAAGCCCGAGAUAAUAAGUUGUCUGGUCGUUUGGAUUGGAACACAUACCUCAAGGCACCAAUUACUCGAUUGCAAAGAUACACCCUUUUGCUUGGCACUGUUCUAAAGAACAUGACACAGGACACCGAAGAGAAGGUUAUUCUUGCCACAGCAAUCGAAGAAAUCAAGGCUGUGACAUUGGAAUGUGACGCCAAAGUUGACGAGCAGUCCAAGAAGGUAGAGUUGAUCGAAUUGCAGUCGAAACUUUAUCUUCGUCCUGGUAUGGAGCGUGUUGAGCUUAACCUCGACCAUCUUGGACGCGAGUUGAUUUUCAAGGGCGACCUUCAACGUGCUGGAGCAAAUCGUUUCACAUGGUUGGAGACGCAUGCAAUCUUAUUCGACCACUACCUUGUGCUCGCUAAGACAGUUGCAAAGGCAGAUACCGCUGCCGGUAGGAAAAAGGAAGUCUACGAUGUUUCAAAGCUACCUAUUCCAAUGCAACUCCUGGUUCUUGAAAGCACGAACGAUGAUCCAGUUGUGAAAUCAUCUGUCAAAGGUCUAGGCGCAGUGACCACUGUUACGAAGACUGCAUCAGCUUCAGAUUCCAGACUAGCUCGUAUGAACACUAAUGGUCCAGAACGACAGAACACCUUGGAACACACCCAGUCUAAUCAGUCGAUACCAUCCGUCAACUCGGUCACGAGACUCGCGCAGAGUUCUACAAAUGAUGGAGAUGCUAAGUCAAUGUAUCCAUUCAGGGUCAAGCAUCUUGGCAAGACAGAAGUGUAUACUCUAUACGCCCCCAGCGCUCAGAACAGACAAGAUUGGUGUGAGAAGAUUCUCGAGGCCAAGACUCGUCAUGCUGCCUCAUUGUUCGAGCAAAAUGCCGAGCCAUUCCGGUUACGUGUCAUGGCGGACAGUGCGUUUGCAUAUGAUGUUGCAACUGCCUCGUCACAGAGAGCUGUUGUAUCAGUGCAAGGUACACCUCUGGACCGUGCAAUUAGAGAGAUGGAGAAAUCGAUUGGUGGUGUUCCGCGGCCGGGAGCUGUCUGCAGAGCUCAAGUCAAUUGUGCUACAGCGUUCAAUUGCUAUGGCAAGAGUAUGGUAGCUAUUGGUACUGAUUAUGGUGUUUUCACAUCGGAAGCAUCAAAUCCCAGAGGUUGGACAAGAUCGAUACAAAUGAACCGAGUAACACAGAUAGCUGUCCUCGAAGAGUUCUCGCUAUGUCUGAUCAUUGCCGACAAAGCUCUGAUUGCAUACCAUCUGGAUGUUGUGGUGCCCAUCUCGAAUUUCCCUGCUCCGCAUCAUGACACAGCUCGGCGUGCGCCUCAGAAGUUAUCAGGCACUCGAGAUGUCUCUUUCUUUGCUACCGCCCGUAUGAAGGAUCGGACAUUGGUCUUCUACAAGAAGCGCGAAGGUCUACACUCGACUUUCAAAGUCCUCGAGCCUGUCUUCCAAAAGUCGACAGAGAAGAAAUCCCGCCUCUUUGGCAAGAAGUUUGGUGGCACCACUGAAUUCUUCCGGGAAUUUGACGAGUUCUACAUUCCCACCGAAUGCUUCACCAUCAACCUCUUCCACACCUACAUCGCCAUCUCAACCCUCAAAGGUUUCGAGCUCAUGACCCUUGAUAAAAAAGUCCCGAUGAGUAUACCCGAUACCAAGAACCCCCAAAUAGGCAACAUCGCCGCCAGACUCCAAGGGCAAAAACCCCUUGGCAUGUUCCGUCUCUCGGACGCCGAGUUUCUCCUCUGCUACGAAGAAUGCGGUGUCUACGUCGACAAGCACGGCGAAGUCUCCCGCUCCGUCAUCAUGGAGUUCGUGGGUAAAGCCAAGACAGCCGCCAUGUACGGCGCCUACCUCGUCCUCUUCGACUCGGAUUUUGUCGAAGUCCGAAACGCAGAGAACGGAAGAUUAAGACAAGUCAUCGCGGGUAGAGACGUGAGGUGUUUGGAUUACGGCAUCAAUCCUCUUGGUGCAGGAGGCAUGACUUCUCAGAUGACGCCAGGAGGUUUCCCAGGCGGCGCGGAGAGGAGAACGUUGAAAUUGGCCAUGUCUCAUCCGGAGAUUGUGGGCAGUCAGAUCGUGUUGGAGAUGGUGCUUAAUGAGGGGCAUUCUGAAUGA